UGCACUGACUGCACUGAGGAGGGAACUGAGUAUUCUAUCACUGUCACUGCCACUCUGACUGGAGGAAGGACUGAACAAGAUACUGUCACAGGCACCACAAGAACUGCUGCUCUGUUUGCCCCUCCCUCUUCUGUGAGGUUGUCAGUGAAUAGUUCCACUAGUAUUGAUGUCCAUAGGGGGAGGCCAGAGAACUGCAGGCAGUGGAAUGGAGAGAUUACAGGCUACACAGUGAGGUAUUGGGAGGAGGGAGGUGACCAGACACUCUGGUUUCUCUCUGGAGACUCCAGUGGAGGAAUGAUCAGACUCAGUAGACUGACUAAACAGACAGUCUACGCAGUUGAAGUGGCAGCAAGGACCAGUGGUGGUACUGGAGUCUACAGCCAAUCUCAGAAUAUUGAGACUCUU